CCGCGUAGGCAUGGACCUGGGCUAUUUCCCCAUCGUCCUCUCGCCCGGGCUGUGCCACGGGACCCCGCCGUCCCCCUGCUCCCGGCGGGGGCUCGACGCCUUCCCAGUGCUGAGCACAGCGGCCAGCUCCGCGCAUCCUCCGUUGGCUGUUUGCGUCGGGGCGGCGGGGUACGCGGCCAGCCCUGCCUCCGGCUGCCAGCAGCUCCGCGGGGCCACGUGUCCGGGUCCCGCCGAGUCCCUCUGCGCUGGGAGCGGCCGCCCGACGUCGCCGGAGCCCGAAAAGCCACGUUCUUGCUGUCCCACCCCGGGGGCGGCCCCGCCGGAGCCCCGCGCCUUCGAGUGGAUGCGGAUGAAGCGGAGCACGCCCGGCAGAAGCAGCGCGGCGCCCCCAGCCUACUCCCUGCGCACUGGCUUCAGCACUCGGCAGCUCACGGAGCUGGAGAAGGAGUUUCAUUUCAGCCGCUACCUGUCGCGGGCCCGCCGCCUCGAGGUGGCCCGCUCGCUGCACCUCCGCGACGCCCAGGUGAAGGUGUGGUUCCAGAACCGCCGCAUGAAGCAGAAGAAGCGCGAGCGAGAGGCGCUGCCCGGCUCCACCGCAGCGCCCCGGGCAGCCCCGAGCGGCACCGCCUGAGCCCGCCGCCACGGCGCGCCGCGGGGAUGCUGCGGGAGGCUCCGCGCUCCUCUCCGCACCGCCGCUGCUUUACUCCCGUUGUACUGAUGGGGAUAAUCGGAGAGAGCGGUCGCUACGAAGCAUCGCCGCUCAACUUCGUCGCUUCGCGGGGGGACGAAAGAGCCGGAAGAGAGCCUCGAAGAGCCGCACCGCAGAGCCGAUACGGAGCUGGGGGCGGGCAGGACCGCAGCCCCCGGCCCGGGCUCCCCUGGGCCGCCUCCGGCUGGAGCCGUAGCCCUGCCCCGCCGCCUCCCCGAGCCGUGCCCGGUGCCUCGGCCGGGCCGGGGGGCAGCGGGGGCCGGUCCCCAUCGGGGCAAAGCAGAACAGGACGAUUCUCCCCUCGCAGGAAAAGGGGGGGGGGAAUGUAUGCCAUUAGCAAGUGUAGCAAAAAUCCCUUUUUAGAAAAGUAUCCCCAUCUUCCUCCCUCCCUCUGCAAAACUGGCAUGAAGAGAGCUUACUUGUACUCAUUCCUCACUAGUUUCCAUGCCCUCUUGAUAUGUGGCUGAUUUAGUACAAAAUCUGUGAGAGAAACCUCAAACAACAGGUUCACUAGGAGAAAGGCAGCCCUGCAUGCCCCCUGCAGGGCCAGCACCCACUCUGCUGCCUCCUAGUAUGAGGACAAGGACAGUGUAGAGCCUCCCAUGAGACUGGGGCUCUCCCAAGCCUUACUGUACCUAACGUCUAAAGAAAAGUUACCAUAUUAAGACAGUUUGCAAACACUAAGAGCUGUUAAAGCACAUCAAGAUGUUUGGGUUUGACUGCAGACCUCUGCCAGUGAGAGCACGGGAGUUCCUGGGUCGCUCUCUCAGAGAACCAGUUCCAGAGUGGUGACAACCCCAGCUACUCCACUUCAGUGCAACAUUCACCAGCAAUCCUCAUUUCUCUGCAUUUCACCUUUCCCAGUGGUGAAAUGAUGGUAUUGAAGUAGACAGAGAAGCUGGAUUCAAAGGCUUUUCCAUCACCUGGCUGCUGACUGGGAAUGUAUAACGGUCACACAGAUAAGAAUGCCAGCUGGAUUCAGGGGACAAUAAAGCUUGGGAGUUUGCUUUGGAUUUCACUCAGGUGAAAGAAAAGCAUAGCACUGAGAAAGGGAUCUGCAGGACCUGGAAAGCAGCUCCAGCUACCACCAGCUGCUGGGAUUUCUGUUCUGGUUACACACCAUACCCCAGGCAGGGGCUCAUGGCCAUGCUUGCACACAGAGACAUUUAGGUUUUGUGCACAGUGUUACAGCUCACUUCCAAAGAGCUGAUGCACUUCACAGGUUAAAACAAACAAACAAACCAACCAUAAGGAAUUCCCAGGGUGGAGCUGCUGGUAUGAAAUUUGUACCAAGAUACAAACCUCCAAAAUAAAGGAUGGGCAGUCCCUUGGUAAAGCACUGGCCCCAAACAAGCUUUUAUUCUGUUCAUCAUUUAUUAAAGAACAGGAAAUAUUAUUCCUGCCAGCUGUUUUUGAGAAGAAGCUAUUUAGAAUAAAGCAAGAUGUGAUAAAGUUCAUUGAUAUUACAUUACAUAUAAUUA